AGGUGGAAAAAGUUGAGACUGUUUGCGCUUUUGGAUCACAUUUCCUGCGCGUUUGGUUCGGAGACGCAGCCUCGCCGUUCAGGGAGAUCAUUUCUUCCCUCAUCCCCUCGACCAUGUGGCUCCCCUUCCUCGCCCUCCUGCUCCUUCUGCGGCUCUCCGAGGGGAUCAACACGUGUCAGUCCAUCGACCUGGACGCGCAGAAGUCGCGGCGCAUCGAGGCGGUGCGCGGCCAGAUCCUCAGCAAGCUGCGCAUCCGCAGCCCGCCGGAGGACGACGACGAUCCGCCGUCGGGCUCCGUGCCACCCGAGGUCAUGCUGCUUUACAACAGCACGCGGGAGCUGCUGAAGGAGCGCACGCGGCUGGCCGAGUCCGCCUGCGAGCGCGAGAGCAGCGAGGAGGAUUAUUAUGCCAAAGAGGUGCAGAGGAUCGACAUGCAGCCCCCCCGCACCGACUCCAAUGCCUUGCAGCCGGCGGCACCGAACCUCUACUACCGAGUGGUCCACUUUGACGUGAGGGAUGUGGAUCUGAUCAACAGCACCCUGGUCAAGGCUGAGUUCAGGAUCUUCAGAGCUCCCAACCCACAGGCUCGGGCCUCGGAGCAACGAGUGGAGCUCUACCAGAUACUGAAGCCAGAGGAAGACAGCACGUCCACUCAGCGCUACAUCGACUCUCGGACCGUCCAGCUGAGAGCUAAAGGAGCCUGGCUCUCCUUGGACGUCACAGAAACAAUCAAAGACUGGGUGUCAGAUCCAGAAAACAAUCUUGGCCUGAAGCUGGGCGUCCACUGUCCCUGCUGCACCUUCGUCCCAUCCACCAACAACAUCGUCCCUAACAAGAGCGAGGAGCUGGAGGCGCUGUUCGCUGGUGUCGAUGACGAGCGGCUCCGUCAGAUGAGGAAGCCCGGUCAGGUUAAAGGCCAGCCGGAUUUCAGCACCAAGACGCCACACCUCAUCCUCACCCUGCUGCCCAGCGACCGAGUGGACAACCCGGCCAAGAAGAACCGUAAGCGGCGGGCGGCAGCCACAGAGACCACAACCUGCUCCCGAGGGUCGGAGCAGGGCUGCUGCCUGCGCUCGCUCUACAUCGACUUCAGGCGGGACCUCAACUGGAAGUGGAUCCACGAGCCAAAAGGUUACAAAGCCAAUUUCUGCGCUGGUAACUGUCCGUACCUCUGGAGCGCCAACAACCACUACAACAUGAUCCUGCCGCUGUACAACAAGCUGAACCCGGAGGCCUCCGCCUCCCCCUGCUGCGUCCCUCAGGACCUGGAGCCCCUCACCAUCAUGUACUUCAUCGGCCGCACGCCUCGAGUUGAGCAGCUCUCCAAUAUGGUGGUCAAAUCCUGCAAGUGUCGCUGAUAAAAGCAGAGGAGAACUCUGCAAACUGAGAUGGAUCCUUCCUGGCAGACUGACUCAGACGUCAGGAUUUUUUUUUUUGUUCCUCACAGUCAUGCUUCACUCUCUGGAACUUUCCGUUUGACGUUGGACCCUGUAAAUAUGACUACAUAGGUUUAUUAAACGUGUGUUUCUGUAUAUUAAAACUCAGAAAAGCCUUUGUUUUUCCAUCAGCACCGAGCCUCAGGUAGCCACACCCAGAUGUGUUUGUUCUAAGCUUAAAGGUGUUAAUUUGAAUCCGGCGGCGGCGAGGUGAGGCCUUGCAGACUCUGCAGAGAUGAAAAAGCGAAGGAGGGCAGGGAGCAGAUAGGAAAGAGAGGCAGGAGCCGCGUCCAGGCGGGGGCCCUGCCAGCUCUCUGCGGUCCCCAGGCUGAAAUCUGCCCGCCGUAAACAGGAUGUGAAAGGUUUCCAGACACCGACCCGACCACUCACGGAACGCCAGAUUUAAACGCUCCCCUCGCCUCUUCUCCUUCUCUCCCUCUUUCUCUGUGCGUCGCUCGAGGUUCUGGGAUUUGUGGUGGGAGGAGAGAGGGAGAAAAGAGAGGCUUUGAAAAUGAGACGUGGGAUGAUAGGGCCGCAUUUGGAACGGCUACACGUUUGGAAGGUGGUAUUUUGCAGCCGUGGCAAAUUUGUAACUAUUCAGGCCUGGCGCAUGCGUCUCAUAAUCACACUCCCUGUUUUUCAUCGUGCAAUCAUUAUCUUAUUAUAAGAGGGCGGCCUUCCUGCUCUCUUGAUCAUAUUCUGUGGCACCUUUUGUUUUCCAAGCUCCUCCUUGAUUUAGAGUCUCCAAGCAUCCACACUGACCACUGUUGAUAAAAUAUCUAAAUGCUGGAAAUAAAAAUAAAAAACAUC